AGAACCGGAAGAUGGCAGUAAUGUGACCAAUGGGAUGCACGCUGCUGUUAAACAUCACAGAAGAAGAAGACAAGUAACAGGAGGACCUCUGACACACAAACCCAGCUGGACAGGCUCCGAUAGAGACAUAAACAGGGACACUAUACACGGAGCUUUAAGAGAGCAUUGCCUAGUAACCGCUUCAGUCCGAGCACAAGAAGAUGCCUCACAACAUGGCUGACCUACCCAGUGGCCCGCUGGAUUUCUACAGGAAAAAAGCCUCUUUCAACUGGAAGGACAUGGUCUUCUUCUUAGAGGGAAAGGACAUCGUGGCAUUUAAGCAACACGUGCUAAAGACACUUGAGGAUGACUCUCUGUUUGCACGUCAGCCUGGGGAAGACGUCCCUCUGGAGAAAAUGAGAGAGCUGACCUUCCUCAGGGUGAAGCAGCUGUUCCGCUAUGACUUUCUGACAAGAGACGAGGUGAUGUCGAACCCCUGGAAGCCUGUGGUUCUCAGUGACUGUCUGGGCAUGUAUGACUGGGCCAUGUCAGCAAAGUACUUCCUGAACAAAGGGAUGUUCGGAGCGACUAUUGCCAAUGCAGGAUCUGCCCGACACAGCAAGUACGUUGCAGAUAGCGAAGACAUGACGACGUUCGGUUGCUUUGCGCUGACCGAGCUGAGCCACGGCAGCAACACCAGAGCCAUGAGGACCACGGCGACCUAUGACCCCAGUACCCAGGAGUUUGUCAUCAACUCGCCGGACUUUGAGGCCGCCAAGUUCUGGGUGGGGAACCUGGGCAAGACGGCGACCCACGCCAUGGUGUUCGCUCAGCUGUACACCCCGGACCAGGCGUGCCACGGCCUGCACUCCUUCAUCGUGCCGGUGAGGGAUCCCAAGACGCUGCUCGCCCUUCCUGGUGUGCUGGUUGGAGACAUGGGCAAGAAGCUGGGCCAGAACGGACUGGACAACGGGUUCGCUUUGUUUCAUAAUGUGAGGGUCCCUCGGGAAAAUCUGCUGAACAAGACUGGAGAUGUGUCCCCCGAUGGCCGAUAUCUUACACCAUUCAAGGAUCCCAACAAGCGUUUCGGGGAGUCUCUUGGUGCCCUGUCAGGCGGCAGAGUCUCUAUCACCAGAAUGGCUCUCGUCAACCUGAAGCUGGCUCUGAUUGUUGCCAUCCGCUUCUCAGCCACCAGGAGACAGUUUGGACCCAAAGACGUGGAGGAGAUUCCUGUUUUGGAGUACCAGUUACAGCAAUGGCGUCUGAUCCCGUACCUGGCAGCAGCAUAUGCUCUUGAACACUUCUCCAAAUCCAUCUUCAUGAACUUUGUUGAGUUUCAGCUUGGACAGAUGAUGAGGGACAAGAGUGAGAGACAAGCAGAGAUGGGCAGGGAGAUCCAUGCCAUAGGCUGCUCCAGUAAGCCACUGGGAUCGUGGACCGCUCAGAGAGGGAUCCAGGAGUGCAGGGAGGCCUGCGGUGGACACGGAUACCUGGCCAUGAACCGGCUGGGUGAUCUGCGUAAUGACAACGAUCCAAACUGCACAUACGAAGGAGACAACAACGUGUUGCUGCAACAGACCAGCAACUACCUGCUCAGCUGGGUCCAUGCUAAGCACCGCGACGGUGUGCGGAUCGAGUCUCCUCUUCACACUGUGGAUUUCCUGGACGAUUCCCUCAAGAUCCUGGAAGGAAAGUUCACCGCAAGAACAAUGGAGCAGUGCAUGGACUCUGCAGUGCCACUGGCAGCCUAUAAGUGGCUGGUGUGUUUCCUGCUUGAGGAGAGCAGGGCGAGGCUUGAAGAGCAGAGGGCCUCGGGGAAGGAUGAUUUUGAGGCCCGCAACAACAGCCAGGUUUACUACUGCCGCUCCCUGGCCAUCGCCUACAUAGAGCACGACUGCCUGCAAAGAUUUCAUGAUCUGACAACUGACCAGGACACACCUGCUACCCUCAGACCUGUAUUGAGCAAGCUGUGCGCCCUGUAUGGGCUGUGGAGCCUCAGCAGUCACAUGGCCACACUUUACCAGGGUGGCUACUUGAGUGGAAGGAAGCCGACAGAGUUUGUCCAGAUGGCCAUUCUCACCCUCUGCUCCCAGUUAAAGGAUGAUGCUGUAUCAUUGGUGGAUGUCUUUGCACCUUCUGAUUUCAUCCUCAACUCGCCCAUAGGCAAAGCUGAUGGACAGCUCUACAAGAACCUGUGGGCGACCGUGAUGCAGGGCGACCAGGUGCUGCAACGGCCCUCCUGGUGGAAAGAGUUCAUUUCCGACAAGCCGGUGGUCGGAUCCCUCCGUCCAAAACUCUAGAACCUGCUCUGGGCUCCAAUCCUGGACACCGGGGAGUUGGAAGGGGAACACUUGUUUUUGUGGCCUUUAAGAAAUUCCGACCGUGCAAUUUAAAUGUCCAUCUGAUCACUAUACAGCUCUUGGUGAUGAUUAUAAUUGGGGUUAAAUCAAAUCAACAUGGCUCCAUUUUCAUAACCAGAUGAAAUUAUUUAACUUCGAAUCCUAUUGAACCAAAUUUAAAAGAGAUCAUAUUUAAGCCACAGUUUGAGGAAAGAAAUCCAGUUUCUGGAAGGAUAUUAAAGGAGAGACUCAACAACUCAAUCGCGUUUUAUGAUCAGAUUCUGAAGCUGAACAGGAGGACGGGACCAACAUGCACCCUCUUGUUUUGCUUGCCUGAUAUUAUUUGGCUUUUUUGCCUUAUCCAUUCAGCCAACAUGUUGCUCUCAAAAGAGUACAAAUCAGGGCUUUAUGCAUAUUGUCUGCUAACUAGCAAAAAUGUAUGUUAGCAAACAUAAAACGUUUUGUAAGGUAAUUAAGAGCAGCUGAAAUAGACCACAUUUAAGGGAUGUAAUGAUUAGUUUGUCAAAAAUCUUAAUUAUCAUCAAUUUUGAACUUAUUAUGUAGAUUAUACAUGGGAAUAACUUUGCCACGUUUCUCUCCUUAACCCAGCAAUAAGGAUAUGACCUUCUGAAAAUGAUUGUAUUUGAUGAAAAAUUAAUGAUUAAUCAUAAAAUUGUGUUAAUUCUUAAAUGCCCUUAUAGUGGUUUUCAUAUUCAUCACGGUGCCAAUUGCAUAUGUUUAAUAACAUGACUAAUUGGUUCUAAUAAGAUGGGAUCUGUACAGUAUAUGUCCUUUUAAAAAUGACCAUGCAUUGCAGGAUCCAUAAUGUUAUGUUAUUUUAAAAAUAAACAGGGAAAUAGGAACAAUUGUCAGACAUGGAUGUUGUAGAAUCUACAUGAAAUAAAAUCUUGUAAACCUG